UAUAAACAUGUAUCUCAACACUCCCUAUUUUCAUAGACUCCAUGGAGUGCACCAGUUGUCCAGAAGAUUUCUGGUCCAGCUCCCAUCGUGACCAUUGUGUUCCUAAAAAAAUUGACUUUCUCUCCUAUCAUGAGCCUCUGGGAAUCUGCUUGACAGCCACCUCGUUGCUGGGCACAUUUAUCUGUGCUGUUAUAUUGGGGAUCUUUGUCUAUCAUCGCAGCACACCUAUAGUGCGUGCCAACAAUUCAGAGCUUAGUUUCCAGCUGUUGCUGUCACUUAAGCUUUGUUUCCUGUGUUCACUGCUGUUUAUCGGCCGUCCCACUUUAUGGACAUGCCAACUGAGACAUGCAGCAUUUGGGAUCAGCUUUGUGCUUUGUGUCUCAUGUAUCCUGGUGAAAACCAUGGUGGUUCUGGCUGUGUUCAAGGCCUCCAAGCCAGGAGGUGAAGCCAGUCUGAAGUGGUUUGGUGUUUUACAGCAGAGAGGGACAGUUCUGGUUCUUACCUCUAUUCAAGCCACAAUCUGUACUGCCUGGCUUCUCUCUUCCUCACCAGCACCUCAUAAAAACUUGCAAUACCACAAUGACAAGAUAGUUUAUGAAUGUGUAGUUGGGUCCACAAUUGGUUUUGCAGUGUUACUUGGCUAUAUUGGUUUACUGGCUAUCCUCAGUUUCCUGUUAGCAUUUCUGGCAAGGAAUCUUCCAGACAACUUCAAUGAGGCCAAACUCAUAACUUUCAGCAUGCUGAUCUUCUGUGCUGUGUGGGUGGCAUUUGUCCCUGCUUAUAUCAGCUCACCAGGCAAAUAUGCAGAUGCAGUGGAGGUAUUUGCCAUCCUGGCCUCCAGCUUUGGCCUCUUGGUGGCACUGUUUGGACCCAAAUGUUACAUAAUCCUGCUGAGACCAGAGAGGAACACAAAGAAAGCUAUCAUGGGCCGAGGCACCACAAAGCCAUAAAAUUUUUAAUUUUUAAAAAGUUUUAGUUAAAAUAAAUACUUAAUUAAAGUUAUAGGACCUC